AUGUCUCCAUGGAUACUAAAACCUGAUAUUUUAGCUCCUAGGGUUGAUAUUUUAGCUGCAGGGGUACCCAAUAGAGGAGUUGCACUUAUAGGAGACGAGUAUUUGCUUAGCAAUUUUGAACUCCUCUCUGGCACUUCUAUGGCUUCUCCCCAUGCAGUUGGUGUAGCUGUGCUUCUAAAAACUCUCCACAAGGACUGGAGCCCAGCUGCCUUCCGAUCAGCCAUGAUGACUACUGUUCAUGUGAUUGAUAACACCAAAGGCUCCAUCAUUGACAUGACCAUUGGAGUUGCUGGAACUCCUCUUGAUUAUGGGGCAGGACAUAUUAACCCUGAAAAGGCCAUGGAUCUUGGUCUUGUUUAUGAUAUAGGGGUUCAAGAUUAUAUCAAUUACUUGUGUGGAAUGAACUACACAAGCAAACUAAUUAAGAUCAUCACCAAGCGGUUGAAUUUUAGCUGUGAUAAAGCUGGUCUUGACCUUAAUUAUCUAUCUUUUAUUGUUAUCCUCAACGACACCAACAAUAUGAGUUACACCUUUAACCAGGUAUUAACAAAUGUUGUAGAUAGUCCUUCUACUUAUUGUGCAGUGCUGAAGGCCCCGUCAGGGAUGGAAGUGGUUGUGCAGCCUCCGGUGGUAUGCUUUGCUGGAAAGUAUAGCAAAGCCGAGUUCAAUAUAACGAUAGAGGUCAGCGUUGGAGAUGCUAGUCCACAGAGUGAUUCCAUAGUCAAUUAUGGGUAUUUAAUCUGGAAUGAUGUUAAUGGGACUCAUAUGGUGAGAAGUCCUAUUGUUGUUGCCUAUGCACCUUAA